AGUAUGGGGUAGUAUGGGGUAGUAUUACAUGCCGCAUGAGUACAGGCCUGGCAAUUCGAGCUCUCGCAGCUCGAGUUCUUUAAAAGACACUCGUCGCCGCCGCGGCGAUGAAUGAGCAUCCCAAAGCGGCAAUCCACAGCAGCAGUAGAAGCAGCAAUGGCUCCCCCAUCAGCUCUUCCUCCACUCCUUGCGGAAGACUGCCACUCCGGUAUUCCUGCGCGCCACCACCAGCAAGCAAUUGAGAGUCGCGCCCGCCUCUACUCAAACCGCACCGUUCCCGCUUCUACCCCCAGAUCCCAGGAGACGCCUGUGCUCCCGCCCGAUGUCGAUAGGGAGACUUUCAAUCUUGCGGUCGAUGAGCUGAGGAAGCUGCUGGGCGCUGAGAAUGUAGAGCUCAAUGAUAAGCCCCUCGUGGAUGGGUGGUAUAUGGAGCAUCCUAACACCCACGACGCCUUCCACAUCGUCGAGCAAGAGGACCUCGUCUCCUCGGCCACGGUCUACCCCGGCAGCGUCGAGGAAGUGUCCACCAUCGUCAAAUGGGCGAACAAGUACCUGAUGCCGAUCUACCCGAUCAGCAUGGGCCGCAACAUCGGCUACGGCGGCGCGGCACCGCGUCUCCGCGGCAGCGUGGUCGUCGACCUCGGCCGGCGCAUGAACCAGGUCCUCAAGAUCGACGGCGAGUCCGCCACGUGCAUGGUCGAGCCCGGCGUCUCGUACUUUAAGCUGUACGAGGAGGUGCAGAAGACGGGCUUCCCGCUUUGGGUGGAUCCUCCGGAUCUCGGCGGCGGGUCCGUUCUCGGAAACUGUAUCGACCGUGGUGUAGGCUACACGCCGUACGGUGACCAUUGGGCGAAUCAUUGUGGGCUGGAGUUGGUUCUGCCGACCGGUGAGAUCGUAAGGACGGGAAUGGGCGCGCUGCCUGGAAAGGACGGCGCGGAUAAUCCUACGUGGCAGUCGUUUCAGCACAACUACGGUCCCUCCGUCGACGGCAUCUUCAGCCAGAGCAACUUCGGCAUCGUGACGAAGAUGGGCAUGUGGCUGAUGCCUGCAACCGAGCACCAGACGUACAUGGUGACCUUUCCACACGACGACGACUUCGAGCAAAUCAUCGAGAUAAUCCGGCCUUUGGCGCUGCAGCGGAUCCUGGGGAACAUCCCGCAGCUGCGCAACGUGAUACAGGAGCUUGCGGUUCUCGCCACCCCGCGCUCAAAGUACUGGUCCGGCAGCGGCCCCAUGCCGCGCGAAACCCUCCGCGCCCUCGCAAAGAAAUACCUCCCCACCGGAGACUGCAGCUGGAUCUUCUACGGGACGGUGUACGGUCCCGAAGCCACCCGCAACAGCCAAAUGGCAACAAUCAAGGCCGCGUUCGGCCGCGUGGCGGGAAUGAAAUUCUACCUCCCCUCCGACCUCCCGUCCACCCACUACAUCCACUCGCGCGUAAAGAUCUGUUCCGGGACCCCGGAACUGAGAGAGCUAGACUGGUUGAACUGGGUCCCGAACGCAGCGCACACCUUCUUCGCGCCAAUCACGCCUACGCGGGGCCGCGACGCGCGGAUCGUGCACGAGCUUGUCACCUCGCUGCACCACAAGUGGGGCUUCGACAGCUUCCCAACGUGGUGUGUCGCCGGCCGCGAAAUGCACUACAUCGCCAACAUCGUGUAUGACCGCGCGGAUGCCGAUGCGAAGCGCAGGGUUAACGGACUGAUGCAUGAAAUGAUCGCGGCGGCCGCGAGGGAGGGCUAUGGUGAGUAUAGAACUCACCUGCUGUAUCAGGAUGUUGUCGCCAGGACCUAUGGCUUUGGAGGACAGGCCCUGCUCAGGCUUAGUGAGACGCUGAAGGAUGCGCUCGAUCCCAAUGGGAUUUUGGCACCUGGAAGGGCGGGCAUUUGGCCUAAGAGGUAUAGAGGACGUGGAUUCGAGAUCCUCGAGGCGAAGGAUGAGAGUGCGCCGAAGGCAAAGCUGUAAAUAGGAUUGGGUUGUGCGUGUAUUAUGUAUGUAGGGAAUGUGAAGAUGGGGAUCACAGUCAUGACGUUACACG